AUGGCCUUCCUGAAGAAUGCGAUUCCUCUUGCUCGCCGAGCCCUGUCGUCCGCAGCAGGCUCGGCACAGCCUCGGAAGGUGGCGGUUCUGGGCGCUGGCGGCGGCAUUGGGCAGCCUCUGAGUCUUCUGAUGAAGUCGAGCCCGCUUGUAACGGAUCUGUCGCUGUACGAUGUUGCGGGUACUCACGGAGUUGCUGCUGACAUCAGCCACAUCUGCUCCAACGCCAAGGCGAAGGGCUAUCUCGGCUCGGACGAGCUUGCCGGAGCUCUGGAGGGCAGCGAUCUGGUGCUGAUCCCCGCUGGCGUGCCACGUAAGCCGGGCAUGACCCGGCAAGAUCUGUUCAACAUCAACGCGGGCAUCGUGAAGGGUCUGUGCGAAGCCAUCUCCAAGCACUGCCCCACGGCGGCGGUGGGCAUGAUCAGCAACCCCGUGAACUCGACCGUGCCCAUCGCGGCGGAGGUGUUCGCCAAGGCCGGCACGUACGACCCCAAGAAGCUGUUCGGCAUCACCACUCUCGACAUCGUGCGCGCGCGCACCUUCUACGCGGAAGCCAAGGGGCUCAACGCGGAAGACGUGAGGAUACCGGUGGUGGGCGGCCACGCGGGCGCCACCAUCAUUCCGCUCUUCUCCCAGGCGACGCCCUUCGUGGAGCUGUCGGAUGAGGAGAGGGAUCAGCUCACCAAGCGCACGCAGGACGGCGGUACCGAGGUGGUGCAGGCCAAGGCGGGCAAGGGCUCCGCCACGCUGUCCAUGGCGUAUGCGGCGGCAGUGUUUGCUGACUCGCUCCUGAAGGCCAUGAACGGCGCCCCCAACGUCGUUGAGUGCACCUAUGUGGAGUCAAAGCUCACAGAGGCCCGCUUCUUUGCCUCCAAGGUGCGUCUGGGCCCCAGUGGCGCGGAGGAGAUUCUUCCCCUGGGUGACCUGAUCCCAUAUGAGGAGAAGGCCAUUCAGCGCGCCCUGCCCGAGCUCCAGGAGUCCAUCCAGGCUGGUGUGGACUUUGUCAAGAACGCCUAA